AUGUCCUCCUCCGCUAUCCAUUGGUUGACCCAGUUGAACACCACAGAGACCCCAGACAAGGUCCUCCGUCGUUCCUCCAUCAUCGGUACCAUUGGUCCAAAGACCAACAACGCCGAGGUCAUGGUCAAAUUGAGAAAGGCCGGUUUGAACAUUGUCCGUAUGAACUUCUCCCACGGCUCCUACGAGUACCACCAGUCCGUUAUUGACAACGCCAGAAAGUCCGAGGAGCUCUACAAGGGCCGUCCUUUGGCCAUUGCCUUGGACACCAAGGGUCCAGAGAUCAGAACUGGUACCACCAUCGAUGAGCUCGACUACUCCAUUGAGCCAAACCACGAGAUGAUCUUCACCACCGAUGAGGCUUACGCCAAGAAGUGUGACGCCAGCACCAUGUUCAUUGACUACAAGAACAUCACCAAGGUCAUCUCUGCCGGUAGAAUCAUCUACGUCGACGACGGUGUGUUGUCUUUCGAGGUCCUCGAGGUUGUUGACGACAAGACCUUGAAGGUCAGAUCCGUCAACGCCGGUAAGAUCUCUUCCCACAAGGGUGUUAACUUGCCAGGUACCGAUGUCGACUUGCCAGCUUUGUCCGAGAAGGACAAGGCCGACAUUCGUUUCGGUGUCAAGAACGGUGUCCACAUGAUCUUCGCUUCUUUCAUCAGAACCGGUGACGACAUCAAGGAGAUCAGAAAGGUCUUGGGUGAGGAUGGUAAGGACAUCCAAAUCAUUGCCAAGAUCGAGAACCAACAAGGUGUCAACAACUUCGACGAGAUCUUGAAGGAGACCGACGGUGUUAUGGUUGCCAGAGGUGACUUGGGUAUUGAGAUCCCAGCUCCUCAAGUUUUCGUUGUCCAAAAGCAAUUGAUUGCCAAGUGUAACCUUGCCGCCAAGCCAGUUAUCUGUGCCACCCAAAUGUUGGAGUCUAUGACUUACAACCCAAGACCAACCAGAGCUGAGGUCUCCGAUGUUGGUAACGCCAUCUUGGACGGUGCCGACUGUGUCAUGUUGUCCGGUGAGACCGCCAAGGGUAACUACCCAUUCGAGGCUGUUUCCAUGAUGCACAACACUGCCAUCAUUGCUGAGAAGGCCAUUUCUUACACUUCCUUGUUCAACGAGAUCAAGUCUUUGAUUGUCAGACCAACUGCCACCACCGAGACCUGUGCCGUUGCUGCUGUCUCUGCUUCUUACGAGCAAGACGCCAAGGCCAUUGUUGUCUUGUCUACCUCCGGUAACACCGGUAGAUUGGUUUCCAAGUACAAGCCAAACGUUCCAAUCAUGAUGGUCACCAGAAACCCAAGAGCCGCUCGUUACUCCCACUUGUACAGAGGUGUCUACCCAUUCGUCUACGAGAAGGACAAGGUCGAGAACUGGCAAGAGGAUGUUGAGAACAGAUUGAGAUGGGCUGUUGCCGAGGCCAUUGAGUUGGGUAUCAUCAAGAAGGGUGACUUCAUUGUCACUGUCCAGGGUUGGACCAGAGGUUCUGGCCACUCCAACACUGUCAGAAUCGUUCAAGCUUAA